AUGCAGAUUCGGCCCAUAUUCUCCCCCGGCUUCGGCUAUGGAAUUGUCAUCGGGUUAGGCGCAGCGUUUGCCAUCAUCAUGAGUGUUAUCGCGUGGGGUCUCAGCAGAUAUGCCGGCGAAACGCAAGAUUCGGAGAUGCAAAUGACUGCCAAGAAGUCAGUGCGGACCGGUCUUUUGGCCGCAUCGGUUGUCUCGUCCUGGACUAUUGCUGCAACUCUUCUUACAUCAACCGCAUAUGGAUACUCUUAUGGUGUCUCUGGCGGCUGGUGGUACGGUGCCGGUGCUUGCGUGCAGAUCUUGUUGUUCACAGCUUGUGCAAUCGAGCUUAAACGUCGCGCUCCGGCUGCUCAUACCUUCGCUGAAGUUGCCAAAGUUCGCUUUGGACCAGCCGGGCACUUCACUCUUGCCUUCUAUUCGUUCUUGUACCAGUUGUUCGCCUCGGUCAACUUGCUAGUCGGCGCUGGUUCUAUUUUCUCUACUUUGACAGGAAUGAGCGCCGAUGCAGCUUGUAUGCUCCUACCCCUUGGUGUAAUCAUCUAUUCCGCUCUCGGAGGAAUCAAGUCUACCUUCCUGUCCGACUACGUCCACACUUUGAUCAUCUACAUCAUCUUGCUCAUAUCUGUUGUCGUCGUCUAUGGCACAUCGAACUUGAUAGGAUCUCCUGGCGAUAUGUACGAAUUGCUUCGCAAAGCAGCGGCUGCCCAUCCCAUCGACGGUAACCAAGACGGAGAAUACCUGACCAUGAAAUCCCUUUCUGGUGGUCUCGUUGGUGCCGUGUUCGUAGGAAGUGGCUUCUCUGCCGCUGUUGACUCGCAGCUGUUCCAAAAGGCUAUCGCAGCAAACCCGGAGAGCACUAUCGGCGGAUACCUUUUGGGCGGAACCGCCUGGUUUGCCAUCCCCUUCUGCCUCGCCAGUACUUGGGGUCUUGCCGCUGCAGCUCUCGAAAGCCAUCCUUCCUGGCCAACCUACCCCGACCGCUUGACGGUGGCUCAGGUAUCGGAGGGAUUGCCGAUGCCAUUGGCCGCCUUGACGGUUCUUGGUAAAGGUGGUGCCGUUCGAAUUAAGGUUAUGUUGUUCAUGGCGGCGACAAGUGCUAUGAGUUCCGAGACGAUGGCCGUCACUGGGCUGGUUACCUAUGAUAUCUACCGAACCUAUAUUAACCCCAAGGCCUCUGAUAGACAGUUGAAAGCUAUUGCCCAUCUUACCGUCAUCCUUUUCGGUCUUUCCGUGGGUGCCAUUGCCUGUGGUUUCCUCCAUGCUGGGUUCUCUGUCAACUUCAUCGUCACCGCCAUUGGUAUUGUUGUCGACAGUGCCGUCAUUCCUAUGGUCUGUACGCUCACUUGGGCACGCAUGAACACCCUCGCGUGUGUUGGUGCUCCCGUCCUUGGUUCCUCAGUCGCGCUUGUGGCAUGGUUUGUCUCCACAAAGCACUAUUCUGGCGAGAUCACCAUCGACACCCUCUCUACUCUCAAACCAUUGGCUCUAGGAAACGGCAUUUCCAUCAUUGCACCCCUCUUUUUCUUGCCUUUAUUGACUUUCAUCGGUGGCAAUCAGAACUUUGACUGGAGCCGUCUCAAGCACGAGAUCACAGCUGUGAAGGCUCAUGGCGAAGAUCACGAACAUGCACAUUCCGCCGAUGACGACGAAAAAGAGACCGACGACAAGGAGAAAGGCGAAACUAACACCACUGUCAUAGUGACAAAGGAGGGAUCGGAUGAGCUCGUCGAAGUCGACUUGUCAGCCCAUGCGGAACGCGUCUUGAAAGCGGGACUGGCGAAGGCCCUGUGGGCUGCAACCGCCAUGACGCUUAUUUUCGUCAUUUUGGUUCCCCUUCCUAUGUAUUUCACCGGUUAUGUCUUUUCCAAAGGUUUCUUCACUUUCUGGGUUGUGACGAUUUUCCUUUGGGCGUUCUAUGCUGCGCUGACCAUCGGCAUUCUUCCCUUAUGGGAAGGACGCUUCGGUAUCGCCGCCUUCGCCAGGGGAUUAUGGAAGGAUAUAAAACAUUUUUCGUCUCGCGCCUGA